UGUGCCUGGAGUUCUUCUUUGAGCUGCCUGUUUGUACACAGACAGAUAAGCUGAUGUACAGGGUGUACAUUGCAAUGAUGGCUCCAAGAUCGGGACUACUCGUAUUUCUCCUGUGGAAUAUCACCUUUAAAGCCGUCUGCACUGCAGCGAGCAGCAAUGAAGUGAACCUUUUGGACACGACCUCGAUCCAGGGUGACUGGGGGUGGUUGACGUACCCAUCACAUGGGUGGGAAGCCAUUAAUGAGAUGGAUGAAUACUUCAGCCCCAUUCACACCUACCAGGUGUGUAACGUUAUGACUCCCAAUCAAAACAAUUGGCUGCGUACCAACUGGAUACAGCGAGAUGGUGCCCGUCGUAUUUAUGUUGAAAUCAAGUUCACGCUCCGGGACUGCAACAGCAUGCCAGGGGUUCUAGGCACCUGCAAAGAGACCUUUAACCUCUACUAUUACGAGACUGAUCGAGACGUUGGGACAAAUAUCUGGGAAAACCAGUUCACCAAAAUUGACACCAUUGCUGCUGAUGAAAGUUUUACUGGUGUGGACCUGGGAGUGCGACGGCUUAAGCUGAACACUGAGGUGCGUGGAGUCGGCCCCUUAGCAAGACGAGGCUUCUACUUGGCUGUACAGGACAUUGGUGCUUGCCUUGCCAUUGUGAGUGUGCGGGUCUACUACAAGAAAUGCACAGCCAUGAUCCGCAAUCUGGCAAUGUUCACUGAUGUGGUGACCGGGGCAGACUCCUCCUCUCUGGUGGAAGUGAGGGGCCAGUGUGUGGGUCAUGCUGAGGAAAGAGACACCCCCAAAAUGUAUUGCAGUGCAGAAGGAGAGUGGCUGGUCCCAAUUGGAAGAUGUGUCUGCAGUGCUGGCUUUGAAGAGCAUAGGGAUGCCUGCAUGGCCUGUGAACCCGGCUUUUACAAGCCAACCCCCGGAGAUGACCUAUGUGGGAAAUGCCCUGUGCACAGCCACUCAGAAACUCGGGCAGCUGUCAUCUGUCAGUGUGACACCAGCUACUACCGCUCCACCCAGGACCCUCCAGCUGCACCCUGUACACGACCCCCUUCUGCCCCGGUCAAUGUGAUCUCAACAGUUAAUGGCACUUCCGUCAGCUUAGAAUGGAGCGUCCCUUAUGACACAGGUGGGCGCACAGACAUGCGAUACAAUGUCAUGUGCAGGAAGUGCAUCUGGGAUUCCGGGCAGUGUGAAACAUGCAGUGGAUCUGGUGGAGGCGGCAGCAGCAGCAGCGGCGGUGUCGGAGCGGUCCGCUAUGUACCACAGCAGGUGGGCCUGAGCCAGCCGUGGGUGACUGUUCUGAACCUCGGAGCACACAUGAACUACACCUUCUUCAUCGAGACAGUUAAUGGGGUCUCAUAUAUCAGCCAGGAGCCCCGGCAUUCAACAGCGGUCAACGUCACCACAAACCAGGCAGCUCCAUCUCAGGUGAUGAUAAUUCGACAAGAGAAUACAAGUCAGAACAGUGUAACCCUGAUGUGGCAUGAACCAGAGCAGCCCAAUGGAGUCAUCCUAGAGUACGAGGUCAAGUUCUAUGAAAAGGAAAAAGAUCAGCAGAACUAUUCAACCCUGAAAUCAAAAGGCACAAGUGCGCAAGUGUCUGGACUAAAACCAGGGACCCGCUAUGUGUUUCAGGUCCGUGCACGAACAUCUGCUGGCUGCGGACGAUUUAGCCCAACUGUGGAGAUUGAGACCAAGAAAACUGUCCCUCUCCGAUACAACACCAUGACAAUUAUCUGGAUUUGUCUGGCACUUAUUAUGGGGUUGGGGACCUUCCUGAUGGUGCUGAUUUGUCGUAAGAGACAUUGCGGUUACAGCAAAGCCUUCCAGGAUCCAGAAGAGGAGAAGAUGCACUAUGAAAACGGACACAUAAAGUUCCCAGAAUCCAAGUUUUAUAUUGAUCCUCAUACCUAUGAGGACCCCUGCCAGGCCAUCCAUGAGUUUGCCCGUGAAAUUGAGGCAUCCAGGAUCAAAAUUGAGAAGAUCAUUGGCUCAGGAGAGUUUGGUGAGGUUUGCUACGGUCGAAUGAAGCUGCCUGGCAAAAGAGAAAUUCCCGUGGCCCUGAAGACGCUGAAGUCCGGCUACACAGAGAAGCAGAGGCGAGACUUCCUCAGUGAGGCCAGCAUUAUGGCACAAUUUGACCACCCUAAUGUCAUUCGUCUGGAGGGAGUUGUCACUAGAAGUAAACCUGUCAUGAUUAUUACUGAGUACAUGGAAAAUGGUUCUUUGGACUCCUUCCUUCGGAAACACGAUGGUCAGUUCAGUAUCAUCCAGCUGGUGGGAAUUCUACGGGGGAUUGCGGCCGGCAUGAAGUACCUGUCCGACCUGGGAUACAUUCACCGUGACCUGGCAGCUCGUAAUAUUCUUGUCAACAGUAAUCUGGUAUGCAAAGUGUCUGAUUUUGGCCUCUCACGUGUCCUGGAAGAUGACCCUGAUGGUGCCUACACAACCAGUGGUGGAAAGAUCCCCAUUCGCUGGACUGCUCCAGAAGCAAUUGCUUUCCGCAAAUUCUCUUCAGCCAGCGAUGUGUGGAGCUAUGGCGUUGUCAUGUGGGAGGUGAUGUCUUAUGGGGAAAGGCCCUACUGGAAUUUGACUAACAGAGAUGUUAUCAAGUCAGUGGAGGAAGGAUAUCGUCUACCCACCCCCAUGGGCUGUCCAGCUACUCUUCAUCAGCUCAUGCUGGAUUGUUGGCAGAAAGACCGCAAUGAGAGGCCCAGGUUCUGCCAGAUUGUGACUGUUUUUGACAAGCUUAUGCGCACUCCAGAACAUCUGAAAGGUGCAGAGACUCUUGGCCGGUUAAACUACCCGUUAACAAACAAGCACGUCCCCGACUUCACCUCCUGUCGCACAGUGGAUGACUUUUUGGAUGGCAUUAAAAUGGGUCGCUACAAAGAAAACUUUGCCGCUGCUGGAUACCUGUCACUGGGGCACGUAAUGAAAAUGAAUCUCGAUUUAGACGGUCACCUUUCCUCUGCAAGACGCUGCUGCUCCAGCACUUUCAAGCGCUUUAACACGUCCUCUGAUCGCCCCACUCGACGGCCAUCUUCUUUUAAACCGGGAUAUGCAGAGAGUUGGGGUAACAUUAAUAGGCCACCAAAAGAAAAUCACGAGCAGCGUGCAGCUCAUGAGGGUGCAAUUGCUAAACAGCAGUGGAUCAGCAAUCCAGGUAUGGUCAGAGGGCAGACGCUGAGGCCAUCUCAGAAAACCUGACAUCGCUGAGCAUCUGGAGGAACGUGGGGACAGCUCCUUUGAAUUUGUUUUUUCUUUUUAUGCUGACUUAAAUGGCUUCUUUUUUUAACAUUUUGGGGUUUGUAUUAUUGAUUUCAGUAUUUACAUGAAGACUGCCUUAACAUUCCCUUGAAUCUUUUUUGUGUCCAUCUCAGGGCACAAAAAACCAGGAGCAAACUGAAAUUUUCUCCAGUGUUGAAAUCAGCUCAGUGUUCCCUGAGAGAAGGAUCAUCAGAGGCUGACUUGACAAAGACACGGGCACACAAUUGAACUCCUAAAAGGAAAAGGCUGCAAUAUCCUUGACCUCAAGACAAAAAGGACUCCUUUGGAAAGAUGUCCCUGAUUUAGCUAAGGGCUAUGUCUUUGGUGUCCUCGAAUUGAAAUUAGGCUCUGUUAGCUGCUAAUUAUGUCCCCUGAAUGAAAGGCAUGAGUAAUAAAGCAGAAAGUCGCCUUGAUGAUAAUAUUUACAUUCAUAGCGAUUCAGACAUUGGAAUAACUGAAUACAAAGAAGACAGACUGAGGAUCUUCACCUUGGUUUCAUGUACAACACUAUGCAUUCCAGUUCAAAGCUCCAGUAUGUUUUUACGGCAAGGAGACUGGAGGAAUAAACACAGCUGUCCAUCUGCAAGAUAGCCCGGUUUAACCUUCCCUUAUUUACAUGCCUAGCUAUGCUACAGGGUGUACAGCAGGGUGCAGUGUAAGUGGGGUGUAUGGCUAGUGAGCAGAGCUUCAUCUGGUGGCUGAAGUGGGUGCAGAGGAGUCUGCAGGAGCUGAAGUAUUUGACAUAAAUAGGAGUGGCCCUGGGUGGCAUGUUGGCAAAGAUUAUGCGCCCUGAGUUUAAAUCGACCCGGCCAUUCUCACAGGGGCUGGAUGAAUGGUGAACAGGGCCUCAUUAGGGGACUGGAGUGGGUGCUGCAGUAGGUCAAAAUGAUUGACUUGAGUUGAAGUGGCCCUGACUGGCACGGUGGCACAGUUGUUAGUGCUGACAUUGCUUUUUUUUCCAGUGCAGUGGUUUCCUCCCACUUCCCAAAAAUGUGCCCAUUGGUUUGAUUAUAAAUUGGCCUGAUGUUAGUGACUGUGGGUGCAUUUGAGUGUAUUUCACCAGAUUCCUAUCUAUCCUACCUUAUAGUAAUUGCUAGAUAGGAGAGUCAUAAAAUAUCUAGUUGGUAAGUUAAACAUGACAACAUUUAUAAAAAGUGGGAAACCAUUGUCAUGAUGCGUGAGAAGAAGUAGACAGGCAGUGCUUGUCCAAUAAUUACACAGCAUGACCUCAUGAAAAGAUUAUCUCAGGUUAGGAAGAGACAGAAUAUAUAAAUACAUGAUACAGUAUGUAUCUUAGAAUUAUGGAAUAUUACCUCACAAUAAUGAGAUACUUCAAAAUUGUGCAAUAUUUAUACUGCAAGUUAUUUAUAUCAAAACAGACCUAAACUACAAUGCAAACAAAAAUUAACUUAAAGAUAUGGAGCUGAUAAUAUUACGUUUUCUAAAUAGUUACUUCUUUCAAUUCUUGUGGAAAUCAUUAUAUAUUUUUUUAACUUCUGUUGGCUCAUCUAGAACAACUGGAAUUUUUCUAUUGUGGGAACACAUGAAUUUGUUUUCAGCAUUAAAAACUGCAGCUUGACAUCGGUCACAUUGCCAUCAUGUUUGUCUGCUGUUCCAUUGCUCUGUGUUCAGAAUAACAUCUUGCUUGUGAAUGCGGUUCAGAGUCUUGCCUUCUUAGUCUUUCUCAUUUUUUGUCACUCAGUUUCCCGCCUCAGUUUGCUUGACACUCGGCAGACAUCACUGCAGUUUAUUUUCUUUUUUGCCAUUGCAGUGGCCAUCACUUAGUUUUGCACUCACUAUGCUGUAAACACGUGACCACAGGUCACUUAGCCAUCCUUUAUUGACAUUUAUUACAAUUCAAUGUUCAGUGAUCAAUAAACACAAUACUUACAAUUGAUUAAGAAUUCUAAACAUGGAUGUAUCAUGGCUUGAGGGAUUUUCAAAUAGAUGGGCUUGCGGGGUCCGUGCUUUUACUACAGUAAACUUGUCUGGCCGGCAGUAAAGUAGCCACUGGGACACCAGGACUUAAAACUUUUUGAAUUUGCGGAACAUAUCAGGCCAGUUCUUGAUAUGUGCUUCAAUGUUUUGUCCUCUCGUUUCUUAUUGUUUGUCACUUAUUUGCCUUCUGUGAUGUGCUUGACACUCAGCAGAUGUCACUGCUCUUCUUUUCUUUCCGUCAUGUCACAUAAUUUUGCAAUCACUUUCCUGAACAAACACACGACCACAGGUUACUUUGCUGAGGUUGCUGUUACCUGAAAUUUUUUGAAUGUAGAAGGUCAUAAGCUUUUGAUUAAGACCAAAAUGAAGAAUCUAGCCCCAGUGUGACAGAUGAACAGAGCUUAGCAUUUUAUAUUUAUAAAUAAUCUCCAAAUAACAGUAACUACAUUCAUUUAUAUAGUAUAUUUUCAUACAAAGAUUUUUUUUUUGUUGGUGUUGUUUUUGGGUUAUUAACACCCAAGGAAUCCAAUUCUGCAAACAAAAUGUUGUUUAGAACAUUUGUUCAGAAGUUUCAUAUUUAUUGCCAUUGUAAGAAAACAAAGGGAACAAGAUAAAGGUUUGAGUUGAUCUGCCCCAUAUAUUGUCAGGUUCACUGUAAGGCAAAAUAUCUUUAGGUUAGAAACGAGAGUAGUCUCUUCAAAUUGAGUCAUAUAACAGACUGAAGACCAGGAGGAUCAUCGGGUUUAUGUGGUGGAGAGGGAGGAAGAGGUGAGUCGUUAUGAGGAAGUAACGUCAUCCCAGGGGUGGUCUUAUGCUGAAACAGGAAGUAAAGUUCUUAAGUGUUCCUGCAAGGAAUGAGAGAAGGUAUUCGUGCACAUAAUCAGUCCCAUGCGGCACUUCAGCAAUAACUAGACCCUGUAGUUGACUCCCAUGCGCGUGUGUGUGACACCA